ACUGAACCCACGUUUGUGCUGCUAAGAGUAAUUUGCUGAGGGGUUUGAAGGCACAAACAGCUGGGACAAGGGGCUGAAUUCACUUGUUUAGGAUUUAUUCUGCCUGAGGAUGAACACAAAAUUCAACCUGAAACUGGCUGGUUAAGAAACUGGAAUGGCUUGAACAGGCAGGAAGAUGCAAAACCCCAAGUAUGAGAAGUUUUGUCACCAUGAAGUUUGCCAAGCUUUGGAACAGGUUGCCCAGAGCUUGUACAGUCUCUGGUUUUGGAGGUUUACAAGAGUAAACUGGUGAGAGAGAAAAUAAGAUUUGAGUGCCAGGGAAGUGGGGAUGGAGCAUGACUUCAGUUCUGCACCACGAGGCCCUGAUUUUGCUGAAUGCUGCUCUGGCCUCUGAACCAGAACCCAGUUCCCAGGGCUGUAAGAAGCUCCUUGGAGGGAGCAGGGACUGUGCAAUGGAGCAGGAAUUAUUUGUUUCUAGUACAUGGCCCAGAUUUCAACCAUGCUUUUUCUGUAGUGAUGAGCAGUACCAGACACUUGCACAACUUCCCCUCUGGCAGAGAUGUAUUUGAUGUAAAUACAUGUGCUGCAGCUUCAGACACAAUAAAUGUAUUUGAGGGUAACAGGCUGAGUAAUCUGGUGCUUGGCAGCUGCUCUGUUGUGGGGAUUUUUGCUUUACUGUUAGCAGUGCUUGUGACAUCCGUAAAUGAAAAAAGGAAGAGACAGUAACUGAACAGCCUUAAUAUCAAAAUAGCUCCAGCUACAACUGCUUUACCUGAGAGGAGGAGUCGUGCUGGGUCUGUCUCCUGCCACAGGAGAGGGAUUGCAAUGCUCACAGUCCACUGGGGACAUUCUCAAGCCAUCUCUUUGAGAAAUGUCUUUGCUCUGUCACCUGGGGAGGGACAGAAGGGGAGUUCUGGGAGCUGGCUGCUGAGAACAUGGAUUUCUUUUAAUGCAGCUGCUGCUAGCAAGAAACCACAGUGAUUCACGAGCUGUUCUUAGGGGAAAGCAGUGCCUUGUUAUCAAGAAUUUUGUCCUGGUGUGGUGGUGUUGGCCAAUCUCACAGUCAUAGCCAAAAAUGUGCUUUUGAUAUAGGAGUGGAAACUCUGGGCAGAGGUAGAAACAUCAAAUCUUUCUUUCCACCCACUGCUCCCCUCAUUGUCAGACAAAACUCAUGAAUCCAGGUACUUCAGCAGAGGUGAGGGAUGGACAGUGGGCAGUGUAGGCUGCAAAUUAAGUGGGAAAACAAAAAACCAGGGGGCUCUUGUGCAAGAGGGUGGCUUAUCCUGGAUUAUGUGGGCUUCUUUAAUGCAAAUAGUUCUGAACAUAAACAUUUACUGUUUAAAAUUCAUGGUGGCUUAAUUGUGGAGGAAAUGCCUGUGUAAAUGCAGCCUAUCAAAUGGCUCCAGUGCUGGAGGGAGAAACAUUCCCAGAUUGACCAGGCCUUUCAAGUGCUGCUUGGUUAGAGAACUGGGGGGCUGUGUUUGCAGUGUGCCAAAUGUAGAUUUCAGCCUUAAAGGCUUGUGAGGCUUCUCCUGGCAGCGGUGCCUGUUCACAUGCAAAGUCCCAGCAGGACAUGGAAAACCAGCUGGGGGUGGCUGGGCAGGUACAAAGUGUGAGGAAGGUGAACCUCUGGAUGUGUGAACAAAGGUUGCCUGUGACCUUUCUUCCUGCUGCUUAUGUGACUUAUUUCUGCUGGCACUUGGUCUGGCAGCAGCUUACAGACAGCUCUUGGGUGCCUGUGGAGAAACUGGAACUGUGCAAAGCCUUUUCACCAUGUCCAGGUGCUGCCUCUGCCCACACUGAGCUGUUCUGCUGCUUCCCCCAAAUUCCAAAGGAAUUCUCUGGAGUGCAGCCCUGUGGCACCUUGAGCUUGACACCUCUCAUCAGGAUGAGUGUCCCCAGCCCCUGUCCUGGCAGCGAGGGCUGUCUGCAGUGCCUGGGUGUGCUGUGAGCCUGAGCAGGGGUCAGUCCCUUCUGUGGCACAGGGCACGGUCAGGAAUUGUGCCUGGAACCCAAGUUCAUGGGGUCACUCGUGUGGUAACAGCACCUGCUACAACACCGGGUUCAGAGUUGCUUCUGGAAAGCAGAAUAUCUAGAGAUAGAUAAAAUAUCUAGAGAUAGAUAAAAUAUCUAGAGAUAGAUAAAAUAUCUAGAGAUGAUGAUACUCUAGAGCAGCAGGAGGCUGGGGAGGAGCGAAGGGGAGAGCUGUGAGGAAGGUCAGUGCUGCAGCAGGUGGGAUGUGGGACUCUGGUGCAUUUCUGUGUUGAGCUGCUUGCAGAGCUGUCCCUGGGAUGGCAAACCCAGGCUCCAGCCUGGUCUGAGAAGAGCUUCCCUUGCUGGGUCCUGCUCACUGUGAGUGCUCUGCACAGCUCCUGUCAGCCCCAACUUCCCAGCCCCUCUCCCACCACAGAACGCUGCCCAGCACAGCUCAGAAGAGUUCUGAUGUGUGUUCAGAGUAAAUUCCUGUUAUAACAGGAAAAAAGAGCAAAUUGCCCAAGUCUUUUUAACAUCUGUGAGUUGCAGUGAAUGAGCAGUUCCCAGCCAGAGUCUCCUUGUCCUGACUUGGUGUGCAAAGGCCGCAGGCUCUGAGUGAGUGUGGAAGGAGACGAGAGCAGGGUGAGGAGUGACUGUGCUGCUGGCAGUGCUGAGCUCUGGACUCAGCAGCACUGAUUGUUCAACCUGCAGAGCUCCCUAAUGCUGCUGCUGUCCUCAGAACACCCAGGACAAAACUUCUGCAAGGUGCCUACAGAAAAGAGACAACAGAACUGCUUGAGAGUCCUGGCCUGAGUGGGUUGACCAUGGGAAGCUGGACCAGCAGUGCCUCAUGCCAAGAACAUAAUUGUUGCAGGCAAAUGACUGCAAUCUGCCUGUGAGAAGCUAUUUUAAAGACUCUUGAUUUGUGCCUGGGCUUUAACCUGCAGUUGGCAUUCAUAAGUUACCCUAUGCAGAGCUGCAAAGAGCUUAAUGACCUUUGAGACAUCCACUAAACUUCCUCUGUGAGGAAAACCAGCCCGAGCUCACUUGUUUUGUUUAAAGAAAUGUCUUUUCUCUGCAACCAAAAUUGCUGUUUGUGACUGCCUUCAGUGGGAGAGAAGAUCUCUGGCACAAACUUCUGGAGCUCCUUCUGAGUUGCUUCCAUCAUUACAAGUAUUUUGCAAAGUAAACUCUCUCCUAUUGCUUGGAAUUGUUUUCUGCCAGAUUGUGGAGCAUUGUUGUUCACAGGAACCGGCUGGGGGGUGGACAGUGGAAAUGUGCUCGAGUCGGUGUCUAGUGAGUGGCUUGGUUGAGGAUGGCUGGUGGUUAUUCAGGUUUUCAGUUUCUCAGAAGUGCUGCUCUGAGUAAGCUGGGUGCUGUUUUGGAGAGCCAGAGGCUGGAGGAUGGGCUGUGAGGGCAUGGCAGAAACAGCCAGAGAAGCUGAGCAGGAGCUGCCCAAGGAGAGUGAGCUGUGUCCCCACUCUGGCUCCUGGUGGCCUCAUGUCCUGGCACUGCUGUACAGGGACCUGCUCCAGGCUUCCUGGGGCAGGAGCCUCUCCUGCAGGGCUGGGGGCCAGCUGGGCCAGCAGAACCCCUGCCCAGGGCUGGGUGAGUGGGGCUGUUUGCUCAGCAGGGCAGUGCUGCCCUCCAGGCCGGGUCAGCACCCGGUGCUCCCCAUCCUGGGCACACCUCGAGCACUGGGGCUUGUCAGGGCCUCCUUCCCCUGCUGGAGGAGUCUCCUUUUUGCUGGUUGCUGGGACCAGUGCCACCUUCCUUAGCUCUUUCUUGCCCAACCUCCCGUGAUCUGUGGCUGCAGUUUCACUUUCUGCAGAGGAGCCCUGGCAGCAGCUGGAGCUGCUGAGCCAAGCUGCUGCUGCUGCUCCUCAGGAGGUGGGGCUGAGCAAGUAGCCCCUGUGGCAACCUCGGCCACGUGUGAGGCUGCCAAAACCAUUGCUAUGCAGCCAGGGUUGCCUGCCCAGUCCUGAUCCCAGCUGAGUUGCAACACUCCGAAACUGGCUCUGACCAUGUUGUUGGUGCAGUUGUUCCUGUCGGCUCUGCCUGGUCCCUGCCAGCACAGCACUGGGGAGCUCCAGCAGCACAGGCAAUCCUGAGCGGUGCACAUCUUGACAAAGUCUCCUGGCAACGUUUUCUGCGGGGCUGGAUGACAGCAGAAGCCGCCAGGUAAAUCGAUGAGCCCGUAAAGAGGCGGAAUCAGGCCGCACGAUGGGUCAGAAGGUCACAGGUGGGAUAAAGACUGUAGAUAUGAGGGACCCUGUGUACAGGCCACUGAAACAGGAGCUCCAGGGCCUGGACUACAGCAAACCCACCCGGCUGGACCUGCUGCUGGACAUGCCCCCGGUGUCCUACGAGGUGCAGUUGCUGCAUUCGUGGAACAACGACGACCGCUCGCUGAACGUGUUUGUGAAAGAGGAUGACAAACUGAUAUUUCACCGGCAUCCGGUGGCCCAGAGCACAGAUGCCAUCAGGGGCAAGGUGGGCUACACGCGGGGCCUGCACGUGUGGCAGAUCACGUGGGCCAUGCGCCAGCGGGGCACCCACGCCGUGGUCGGGGUGGCCACCGCAGAGGCCCCCCUGCACUCCGUGGGCUACACCACCCUCGUGGGCAACAACCACGAGUCCUGGGGCUGGGACCUGGGGCGCAACAGACUCUACCACGACGGCAAGAACCAGCCCAGCAAAACCUACCCCGCCUUCCUAGAGCCGGACGAGACUUUCAUCGUGCCCGACUCCUUCCUGGUGGUUCUGGACAUGGACGAUGGCACGCUGAGCUUCAUCGUGGAUGGGCAGUACAUGGGGGUCGCCUUUCGAGGACUCAAGGGGAAAAAACUCUACCCAGUGGUGAGCGCCGUGUGGGGCCACUGCGAAAUUCGGAUGUGCUACUUGAACGGGCUUGACCCUGAACCACUGCCUCUGAUGGACUUGUGCCGGCGAGCCGUGAGGCUUGCCCUGGGCAAGGACAGACUGACUGAGAUCCCCACCCUGCCCCUGCCAGCCUCCCUCAAGAGUUACCUGCUCUACCAAUGACCCUCGUGCUCCAGGACAGGUGGCACCAAGGCGGUGAUGGGCGCUCUCCACCCUCGUGUCGGCCCCGUCGCUGCAGCUCCCUGGCCAAAGGAUUCCUGCCACAGCUUCAUCCUCCUGUGCCCUCACUGCGAGCUCUCCAGCAGCCCUUGUUCCUCUGCUUUGUUCCUUGGAAGCCACUUCCCCUGCACACUUACAAAAGGAACAUUUACAGAGGCUCUGUGCCUGCCUGCUCCUGGGAAAAGGCUCUGCUGCCUCCCCCGGCUCCGAGGGCCUCGGGGGGAAUUCUUCUGUACCAGCUAAAGGGAAGAAUGAUCAUCAAAGAACAAUAAUAAAAAUAAAAGUAAGAAUAAAAACAUAAUUUGGGGAAAGAGGAGGCAUUAGGAAUAGGAAUGUUAAGACCAGGUACUAAGAUAGGAAAGGCUCAGGAUGGCCAGCAGAGUUGGGAAGAGUCUGGAAUACCUUAAGGAAUUAACUAAUGAGUUUUUAAAAGCCAAAAAAUAAAAAGUACAACCCCAAACCCUGAAACACCAAAAGCAAGAGCCCUUCCAGCAGGACACUCCUAGUUUGGAGGAGGUGGUUAUGUUGCUGAUGUCUGUAUCUGUGCUGGGACAUCUCACCUUGCUCUGUUGCUGUUCCACAGGUUGACUCCUGCUUUCUUGUUUGUCACCAUUGCUUGUCCUGCUCCAUCCUCUGCUCUGCCUCCUCCUGGUGGGUUUGGCUCAGUUGAUUUUGCAGUCAGGCUGUCUUUAACAUCUCCUUCCUGACUGAGAGCUGCAGCUUUUGCUCUGGGGUUCCUGGCUGCUGUGGGAACAGGGGAGGAUGAGCUUGUGCCAUGGGCUGGGACCAUCUCUAUGGGCUUUGUCCCCCAGUGCAGGUCCUGUCCUGAGCUCUACUCCAUGCCCAGACUUUAGAGAAACUAGCAUUCCUCUCAUGGCACUGCCAGGGAAUUCUCUUCUUGGAUAAACUGCUUAAAUUCAUCCUGACCAUGGUUGGUUCUGCCACAGACCAUCUGCUCUAAACUCUGCAGCAGGAGUGGUUCUGUGCCCUGCCGGGGCAGGAGGGUGUCCCACAGGAGUGUGGCUGCACAAGUGGCACCAGCAGGUGAGCCCAGGAGGGGACUGCUGCAGCCUGGGAGGGUUAAACAGAGCCCAGGGGGAUCUUCAGGCACAGCAAGAGGAAAAUGAACCUCUGCAGAGCUGGGGAGCAGGAGGGAGCUGCAAUAACCGGGACGAGCAAUUCAGGCAAAAUCAGCACAUCCCAAAUAGAUCCUCAGUAGCCAAGUAAAGAGGAUGACACUCCUUUAUUAGCAGGAGCUGCUCUCUUGACCUCUCCACAGGUUACUAUGCUGCCUUUCUGGGGUUAUUUUGCACAUUUUGUGGUUUUUUUCUUGAAAAAAUGUUUGUGUGAUUGUGGUUUUGUUUUGUUGGUUUUUUGGUUGUUUUUUUGUUUUGUUUUGGUUUUUUUUUUUGCUUUUGAGUUAUCCCUUCAGUUUUGUGUAGGUACAAAUGAGUUUAGUUGUUGAAAAUGUUAAUAUAUAUAUUUGUGGUGUAUGUAUAAGAACAUGUUUUAAACAGCUGCUGUAGGGUACCUUUUUGAAAAUAAACUACUUGCAUAGUAUAUUUUUUAAAGCACAGAGUUGGUGCCAAGACUGGGUGGGGUGUGAUGUGCCCCUUUUUUAAUCUAAUAUUAUAUGACUUUUUUUUCAACGUAGGGGUUUGUACUAGUUUCUGUUGCAGGGUGGGACACAAAAUUCAGUGUGUGUGGAGCCCUACUUGGUUGCCUUCAACUUGAACCAGUGUCUUCCAGAACUCCAGGGAAGGAGCUGUGUUCUCCCUACUUCUAAUGCUCUUUGUGCUCCCUCAUUUCCAUCUCUCCUCACUUCACCAGGACAGUGCUUUGUACAGUUUAAAAUCCUUUCUAUUUUAUGACUGUAGAUAAUACUCAGUAACCUAAUAAACUUUAUUAAAUAUUA